AUGACUUCUGAGGAAUCAGUGACUUCCAGGAAAGACUGGAUGACAACCAGGAAUAGAUUGGUUACAACUGGAGAGACAGUGGACAUCCAGGAGAGACUGGAAUUGGGCAUCAAGGGCCGGCACCCCAAGAUGAUGACUCUGAAGGGUUGUCAGCCUGAUCCGGAGCAGAGACAGUGCACAGACUUGUCUGGUGAGACACAGGAGGACCACAGCCAGGAAGAACACCACAGUGCUGAGGAUCUCCACGAAUCUGAGGUGGAACAGGUGGAUAAGCCUACAAGACCAGAACAUGAUCUUGGUAGCCAGGGCAGUCGUACAGAUGACAGACUAGAGCGCAUCAAAUGGCCAGCUAUGAACGAGAAACAUUGGAAGAAGUUUGAUGAGGAUGUAGAUGGCAUCGUGGAACAGGUGUUACUUGGAACAGUAGAAAGGAAACUGCGGAGUAUGUGUAGACUGAUAUAUGCAGUCGGGAAGGAAAGAUUUGGGGUGACACCAUCGGAAAGGAAGCAGACUACAGUCGCCAAGAACAGACGGCAGAUAGAAAUAGAGAAGUUGAGGAAGGACCUUCGCAACUUGGGGAACCAGUACAGACAGGCAUCAGAGCUAGAGAAAAUUGGUCUACAGGAACUACGAGACCACACCAGACGCAGACUUCAAGACCUGAGGAAAGCGGAAAGGAUACGAAAAGCCAGAAGGGAGAAGUCCAGACAAAGAUCAGGAUUUCUUUCCAAUCCCUAUGGUUUUAGCAAGGAAAUCCUUGAAGAGAAGAAAGCGGGACAGCUGAAUUGUUCUAAAGAGGAGGUUGAAGAGCAUCUGAAGAACACGCACUCUGAUCAGGCGAGACAUAUGCGGAUGGAGGGACAUGAACGCAUAGCCCCAGUACCCAUGCCCAUUGUUGCAUUUACUGAGGGAGAACCAACCCUCAAGGAGGUCCAAGAUAUAAUCAAGAAGGCUAGAUCCAAGUGGUCUGGCGUAAAGGAGGAGUGGCAGCGAGCAGAAGGCAUCUUCGUCCCAAAGGAGGAGGUUUCCAAGGAUAUUGGACAGUUCCGGACAAUAUCAUUGUUGAAUGUGGAGGGCAAGAUCUUCAUGUCAGUGGUUGCCAGGCGUCUUACAACACUCAUGACCAGUAAUGGGUACAUUGACACAUCAGCACAGAAGGGAGGUGUUCCAGGAUUCUCUGGCUGCAUUGAACACACAUGCGCUAUUAGCCAGUUAAUCAGGGAAGCUAAGAUCAAGAAGACAGAUCUCACAGUUGUAUGGCUGGAUCUAGCAAAUGCGUAUGGCACGGUACCCCACCAGGUAAUAGAGUUUGCUCUGAAACACCACCAUGUACCAGAACAUAUUCAGAGCAUUGUCAGAAGCUACUACAGAAACAUCAACAUGCGCUUCACAACACAGAACUUUACAACAUCCUGGAUACAGCUUCAGAAGGGGAUUGUAACCGGCUGCACAGUGUCAGUAGUACUGUUCAUCGCCGCUAUGAAUCUCGUCAACAAAGCCGGAGACAGGGAGUCAAGUGGACCGAAGACCCAGACAGAUAUCAGACUUCCACCACAGAGGGGAUUUAUGGAUGAUCUGACUAUCACAACAGAGUCCCACAUACAAGCUCGAUGGAUCCUAUCAGCCCUUGAAGAUGUUGUGUCAUGGGCUAGAAUGGCCUUUAAACCAAGGAAGUCAAGAUUUCUUAUCUUGAGAAGAGGUAAAGUCUGGCAGAAGACAACACUCAGGGUACAGGGCGAGGAUAUCCCAUCACUUAUUGACAACCCCGUCAAGUGCUUGGGUAAAUGGUUUGACACCACACUGGGUGAUAGCAGAAAUAACACAGAGCCCAUCAGGCAGCAACUGAGGAAUGGGCUUGCAAAGAUAGAGGGAACAGGCCUACCAGGGAAGUUCAAGGCAUGGCUUUUCCAGCAUGGCCUCCUGCCCCGUCUUCUGUGGCCACUAAUGUUGUAUGAGAUCCCAACAUCGACGGUUGAUAGCUUGGAAAGCAUGAUAAACAAGAGCCUGAGACGAUGGUUCGGACUUCCAUCAUGUAUGACAAGUAUUGGACUCUACAACAGAACCGGAAUGUUGCAGCUCCCUCUUUCAUCAAUUGUAGAGGAGUACAAAGUUAGUAAGGCAAGGCUCGUGUUGACCCUACGAGACUCUAGUGACAUGAGCAUUAGAAAUGCAGGGAUAGAGGUCAGAACUGGAAGAAGAUGGUCAGCAUCGAAUACAGUUGAGCAGGCAGAGAGUCGACUGAGACAUCAAGACAUAGUGGGAACAAGUUGUCAAGGUAGACAGGGACUCGGCUUGAACACUAGACAACCGUGGAGUUCAGCCACAACAGUCCAAAGAAGAGAACUUGUUCAGAGCGAAAUCCGAAAGGAAGAAGAAGAGAUAAGAAAGGUGAAAGCAGUCCAGAUGGGGAGCCAGGGAAGCUGGACAAAGUGGCAGACAACAGGGAGGAAACUGUCAUGGACAGAUAUCUGGAAGUACCAGUUUUUUCAACUGCAGUUCCUGAUCCGGGCAGUUUAUGAUGUCUUGCCAACACCGGCGAAUCUCCAGAGAUGGGGGCUGAUAGAAACAGCAGAAUGCACCCUAUGUGGAGGAAGAGCUACCCUGGACCACAUCUUGUCCUCGUGUAAGGAAGCACUUGCCCAGGGGAGAUACCGCUGGAGACAUGACCAGGUACUCCGAGAGGUAGCGGAUACACUUGAGAGACACAAGAAGAAGGCACGAGUACAUGCAGGGGCAAAGCACAUCAACUUUGUACCAGCAGGGACAGUAAUGAAGGGUACAAAGGGAGGACAUCUGAGUAUCCUAGACGGCACAAAUGACUGGGAACUACGGGCAGAUCUUAUGAAACAGCUGCAGUUUCCAGACAUUGUCCACACUACCCUACGCCCAGACAUUGUGAUGGUCUCCGGAAAGACAAAGAAGAUCAUCCUGGUAGAGCUGACUGUCCCGUGGGAAGAAAGAUGUACUCAGGCACAUGAGAGAAAGAAGGCCAAGUACGAAGAUCUCGUCCAGGAAUGUAGAGAGGCCGGGUGGAGAGAAUGGAACUACCCGAUUGAAGUGGGAUGCAGAGGGUUUCCUGCACCAUCGCUGGGAAAGAUGUUCCAGGAUAUGGGAAUAGAGGGACAGGCGAGAAAGCUGGCCAUUAAGAAGGUAUCACAGGCAGCAGAAAGAAGCUCCAGCUGGCUGUGGCUAAGGAGGAACGCCAGUAGCUGGAAGCCAUCCACUAAUGGGUAG